AGUUUUCAAAUAAUGAAGGUGGUGUGUUGUUUGCGCCAGUUGCUCUAGGAUUUAGCUACGUGGAUCGUUUAUUUCAGUGUUUCUGCUGUGGCUAGAUCUACAGAAGAUUCUCCUUGCUGAAUAAUACAAACAUGACUGGUCAAGAAACCAAAAAAAUUUUUGUUGUGGGACGAGGUGAAAACGGCAAGACGAUGACCACACAGACCAUUGUUGGAGAGAACAGCAAAGUCGUCUAUACGUCUGGAACUAUUAAUGUUAUAUCUUCAGCAGACGAUAAAGUAGAUAAAGUAGAAGUGGCUGAUGGGACAGGUGUAGGCGAACCGCUGGAAGAUCUGACCAUUGAUAUUGGGGAUAUUAUAAAAUCAGUAGAUGACGUCAUGGUUAAACAAUUUAUUAACACUUUAACUGCCAUCGUGCUUGUGUUAAAGUAUGGCGUUAGGUUCACAAUGCAGGAAAAGAAAAGUUUACACAUUGUCAAAGAUAUCUUUGGACAGGACGUGAUGAAACGACGCGGUGUUGUGGUCAUAACCUAUGGAGACAAUUUUUAUAAGGAAAAUGAUAAGACUUUUCAAGAAUGGUGCCGAGAACAGACAGGUGAUUUCAGGUCUCUGAUGGAAGAGUGUAACUACAGGUGUGUGUUGUUUGAUAACAGAGAUGGGUCAAAGCGUGAGUCCCAGGUCAAAGAGUUUAUGGCAACCGUGGCACAGAUUGAUGCUACCAUUCCCUAUAAGUAUACACCAGAUAAAAAUAGUAGAGAGAAGCUUAUUAAUGAAUACAAAAAGCUGGAACCCGUUAAGGCCGAAGAAAGGCAUAACGUUGAAAAGCCAAAAGACAAUUGCAAUGGAUUCCUAAGUUGUAUCAGGAGUUUGCUUUGUUACAUUUCUGGUUGUUUUUGCCGUCUUUGGGAUUGUUGUAAGAGUUGUAACUGGUGGAAUAGUUGUAGGAAAUCGGAGUCAGAGGCUCCCAAACAGGGAGACUCGACUCCAAAGGAAACAGACUAGUCCUAGGUAAGAGCAACACUGUUUUCGGAAAUUUCAGGUCGGCUUUAUUAAAAAAUAUACACCUCAUUGUAACAAAAUAUAUCAUAACACACACA